AUGGCCGCCGCCGACGCCGCAAUCGCCGCCCGGGACGGGCAGACGGCCCUCGCGCUCCGCCUGGCCAAGCACCUCGCGCCGCCACCUCCUGGUGGUGGUGGUGCUGGGUACUCCGCAACCGCAUCCGCCGCCGCCGCCAACAACAACAACGUCGCGUUCUCGCCGGUGUCCGUGCACGCGGCGCUGGCGCUGACGGCCGCGGGCGCGCGCGGCGCCACGCUGGCGCAGCUGCUCGCCUUCCUCGGCGCGCCGUCGGCCGAGGAGCUCGCCGACUUCGGCCGCCGCGUCGCGGACCGCGUCCUCGCCGACCGAUCCGACGCCGGCGGGCCGCGCGUGCUCUUCGGCGGAGGCGUCUGGGUGGACGCCGCCCGCGGCGGGCUCACAGAGGCGUUCCGCGACGUCGCCGCCGAGGCCUACAAGUCAGAGGCCAGAACCGUGAGCUUCACCGAGGAGCCCGAAGCCGCUGUGGAGAUGAUCAACUCAUGGGUGAAGAAGGCGACGGACAACCUCAUCAACUCCAUCAUCUCCACCGGCGACAUCGACGCCAACACCGACCUCGUGCUCGCCAACGCCGUCUACUUCAAGGGCGCGUGGCUGGAGCCGUUCAACCCCUACGCCACAAACUGGGGCACGUUCCACCGUCUCGACGGAGGCCUCGCCGAGGCCGAGUUCAUGAGGAGCGGCAUCUGGUCGCUCGACGUCGCCUGCAUGGAUGGGUUCAAGGUCCUAAAGCUCCCUUACGAGCGCGGCGCCGCCGGUACUGGUAGCUGUCAGCUCAAGCGCCGCCGCGGGCAGCAGGUCGCCGGAAAGUCCAAGGCCACGGCGCCGUCGACGGAGGCCAACGAGGGCACGCAGUACUCCAUGUUGUUCUUCCUCCCGGACGCGCGCGACGGGCUCUCGACCAUGGUGGACUUGGUCACCGCGUCGCCGUCAUUCCUGUACGGCAUCUUGGCCGAGAUGAAGGAGAGGCCUGUCGUGAUGGAGCUGCCCAAGUUCGCGAUCACCUUCAGCUGGGGAGACCUCAAGGGCGACCUCCGUCGGCUGGGUCUCUCGCUGCCAUUCUCGCCGGAGGCCGCCGACCUGCGUGGCAUGUGCAAGGGGGACGACGAGGUAGUCGACGGCGCUGGCGCUGCACGGCGGCCGACGUUCCUGUCCAAGGUUGCGCACACGGCCGUGGUCAAGGUGAACGAGGUGGGAACCGAGGCGGCCGCGGUCACCGUGCACCUGCGUGGCGGCGGCGGGCCACCGCCUGACCUUGUGGAGUUCAACGCCGACCAUCCCUUCACCUUCUUCAUCAUGGAGGAGCGGUCCGGGGUGAUCGUGUUCGCAGGGCACGUCCUUGACCCGACCAAAUGAUCGGUUUCAGAUAUAAACUCAGUCCAGCCUACACUACUCUACUCGCAUAUUUCUGCAAUGACACUACUACUCGCAUAUAUAUACUGGCAGGUCAGCACACUCGUUAUAGUUGUUGCUCAUCCUAUUGUUGCUGCCCUGUCCUGCAAAUCAGUGGUUUUCAUUACUCAUCCUUUUUCUGGUGAGGUGACAAUAAGCCGCUGUGCUUGCUCCGAGGUCGACUGUCUGUUUCUCGUUGCUAGCAGGGUCAGAGUCGUAUGUUAAUGCUUA